UUCAGUGGUUUACAGAGGAACGCUCGUGUCAGUAAGAUGACCAGAAAGCACACCACCCCUCCUAUGGAACUCGAUCUAGAUGCCUUCUUGCAAUCACACCACGCCAGCGGCAGUGAUGACGACAACGAUCACCACCACCGCAGCACCGUCGACGAACUUCUCCUCAUCGACUCUGAUGACUCUUCUCCAUCAUCAUCUCCCCGAUCGUACCUUGUCUCCAAUGACCUAAGUAGUCCCCAAAGCAACAGUAACUCAUUUGAUGUCAAUUCUUUUGAUUCCUCACGAUUAACACCUUCGCAAUUGGUAACUGAUACUGAUAGACAGACGAGACAGUCAAAGUUCCGUUUAAUUAGUCGAAUAGAUUCAGGCGAUACUCCCAGUGUUUCACGCCAAUUACCUCCUUUAUUCGGUGUCGUUAGGUCGAAUGCUAAGCCUGGGGCGGCCCUCGCAGCCGCUGCGGCAGCUUCUCGGUCGAUUCCGACGCCACAUGCGGCUGCUAUUAAAUUGCGAAGGGAGAAAUCUAGUACGGAAAGUUUGGAUCCGAAAGCCAGUAUUGGUUCUGAAAUAAGCUAUAAAAGUGGUACAGGUUCAGAAAUUAGUCAUUCAGAUGCAAAAUUAGUCAAGGAAGAUCUUAAACUCGAUAAUUUAGAAACUGCGCCAAUAGAAUCGACUGAAAAUUUUCAAGUUAGCGGGGAAGUGAUUGCUGAACAUGAAAGUAGGAAUGGGUGGAGUCUUACUGGUGAACAUGUUCCAGGUGAGGAUAUGGCAACAGAUGUCCCUAAUGCUUCCGAGGUGGAUGGAUUUGAGGUUGAUUUCGGUGAUGAUACUCUUAGUUCAGUUGCUAAACCAGAGAUAGGCUCUCCUUUGAAUAAUGAGAAUCGGUUUAUGAAUAAGGUCGGUACCAGGUCAGUUCUAGAUGACGGUAGUGAUGAGCACAUUGGGGGCAACUAUUCGGAGUCUGCACCUAUUACUACCUCACAAUCUGUUGAGAGAGUGUUUCCUUUGUUUCAUGGGCGCGUGAAUGCUAAUGAAGUUGAGGAGGAUUCAACAAGUGUAUUAUCAGAAAACAAUGAUUUUGAAAGUAGAAAGCUCGAUGAAAAAGAUGUGGAAUUUGGCCUGGAAGCAGAAGGUGAUGACGCUACAGCACAAACUGAUGUUUCUGUUGAUACGGACGGCAUUGUUCUCCAUCCAGGAAUUGAAAAGAAUGAUGAGAGGACACAAGGGAGAUCAUGCUCCUCUCUGAAACCCCUUCAAGUUGCAGAGGAGCUUGAAAAGAAGCAUGCUUUUACAGGUUUGCAUUGGGAAGAGGGUGCAGCUGCUCUACCAAUGAAGCUUGAGGGUCUUCAUAGGGGAUCAACUGUGUUGGGUUACUUUAGCACUAGUAAUGAUAACACAAUUACUAGGACAAUUUCUUCUCCAGCAUUUAGGCGAGACCAUGGAACCCCACAAUCCCUAGCAGUUCAUCUUAACUACAUUGCAGUGGGAAUGUCAAGAGGGGUGAUUGUUGUUGUUCCCAGCAAAUACUCUCCACAUUGUGCUGAUAACAUGGAUGCUAAGAUGUUAAUGCUUGGAUUGCAAGGUGAUAGGUCUUAUGCCCCAGUCACAUCCAUGUCCUUCAAUCAGCAAGGAGACCUACUUUUUGCAGGAUAUGCUGAUGGGCAUUAUACUGUUUGGGAUGUCCAGAGGGUCUCUGCAGCAAAAAUUGUCACUGAACAUAAAGCUCCAGUAGUGCACAUGCUAUAUUUGGGGAUGGAUUCUCAAGUGACUCGUCAGUUCAACAUAGUUAGCGGUGAUAGUAAAGGUGUAGUUAAGUUGAUACGUUUUUCUCCAUUUUCGUGGCUAAAUAGGUUCUCAACUUCUAAAACCUCGACUCUUCUUGAUGAAUCAACAAGCACAGUUGUAUGCGCUUCGCCCUUACUCUCAGAGGAAAGUUUCGGAGGUUCUUCUGCAAGCACCACCGCUGGCACAAGUGGCAUUGGAAGCAUGAUGGGAGUAGUUGCAGGAGACUCGACUUUGGCUGAAGAAGGUGUUGUCAUAUUUGUCACUCAUCAAUCUGCUCUAGUGGCAAAAGUCAUUUCUAACACCCCGGAAGUCUAUGCUCAGCUUCCUAAACCUGAUGGGGUUCGAGAGGGUUCUAUGCCUUACACUGCUUGGAAAUACAUAUCGUCCUCACAGGGUUCUGCUGCUGAGACUGUACAGGUAAAAGAAUCCGAAACAGUGCCACUGCUUGCAAUUGCUUGGGAUUGCAAAAUGCAGGUUGCAAAAUUGGUGAAGUCAGAACUGAAAAUAUAUGCAAAAUGGACCCUCGACAGUUCAGCAAUUGGGAUUGCUUGGCUGGAUGAUCAGAUGUUAGUGGUGCUAACCAAAGCUGGACAGCUCUGUCUUUAUGCAAAUGAUGGGACUUUAAUACAUGAGACAAGUUUUGCUGUUGAUGGAGGCAAAGAAGAUGAACUCAUUGGAUAUCACACCCAUUUCACCAAUGUCUUUGGCAAUCCAGAGGAAGCUCAUCACAAUUGUAUAGCUGUUAGGGGUGCUUCUCUGUAUCUACUUGGACCUACACAUCUUGUUGUCUCACGCCUUCUCCCAUGGAAGGAACGCAUUGAAGUUUUACGCAAAGGCGGUGACUGGAUGGGUGCUUUCAACAUGGCGAUGAUGCUUUAUGAUGGUCAAGCCCAUGGUGUCUUUGACCUUCCUAGAGCAUUGGGUGAUGUGCAAAAGGCAAUAAUGCCCUACCUAGUGGAGUUGCUUUUAGCAUACGUAGAUGAAGUUUUUUCUUAUAUAUCAGUGGCUUUAGGCAACCAACUUGAAAAGUUCGAGCACUUGAAUGAUUCAAAGGCUGAUAGUACCUCAAUUACUUCAGAGAUAAAAGAGCAGUACACACGUGUUGGUGGUGUUGCAGUUGAAUUCUGUGUCCACAUUAAGAGAACUAACAUUCUGUUUGAUGAAAUUUUAUCCCGCUUUGAGUCUGUCCAACAAAAAGAGACAUUUUUGGAGCUUUUGGAGCCAUAUAUUUUGAAGGACAUGCUUGGGUCACUACCACCUGAGAUCAUGCAAGCGUUGGUGGAGCAUUAUAGCACAAAAGGUUGGCUGCAGCGUGUUGAACAAUGUGUUCUCCACAUGGACAUUUCUUCCUUGGACUUCAACCAGGUGGUCAGGUUAUGCCAGGAACACAGUUUGUAUGGGGCCCUAAUAUAUUUGUUCAAUAAAGGUCUAGAUGAUUUCAGGACACCUUUAGAGGAGCUGCUGCUGGUAUUUAGAAACAACAAUAGUGAGAAUGCUGCAUCCCUUGGGUACAGGAUGCUAGUUUACUUGAAGUACUGCUUUUCAGGAUUUGCUUUUCCUCCAGGGCAUGGAGCUCUUUCCCCUACACGUUUGCCUUCUCUAAGAAUGGAGCUUAUACACUUUUUACUGGAGGAUUCAAAUGCUCCAAGCUCAUGGGGGUUGGCAAGUUUAUCGUCCAGAGAUGCAUAUAAGAAUCUCUAUCAUCUCCUAGAGAUGGACACCGAAGCAACAUUGGAUGUUUUGAGAUAUGCAUUUAUAGAUGAAAGUCCAGAGUCAGACCAUCUUUUGCAUGAGCUUGCAGUUGAAGAGGAUUCAACAUCUCGAAGUCAAGAUCUGAUCCAAAAGACUGUUGACGUUCUUGCUCUUGUGCUUGAAACUGGCAAAUCUAUUAGCAUUUCGGCUGCUCAACCUGACACAAAUUGGCCUUCAAAGGAUGAUAUAAGUCAUUUACUUGAGUUUAUUUCUUAUUUUGUUGCCUGUGGAAAGGCCAAAGUCUCAAGUGAAUUGCUAGGUCAGAUAUUUGAAUACUUGACACUAGAGGCUAACAUUCUGCCAAAUGAUGGAAGGAAAAGUGUGGAUUUCUUUAAAAGAAGAGAAAAGGAGGUUCUAGCACUUUUGGAAGUUGUGCCAGUAACAGAUUGGGAUGAUAGACACAUGUUAGACAUGUGUGAGAAAGCUCACUUUUACCAGGUCUGCGGCUUCAUUCAUUACAGCAAACACCAAUAUAUAGCGGCUCUUGAUAGCUAUAUGAAAGACGUGGAUGAACCAGUUCAUGCUUUCUCCUUUAUCAAUAAUUUGUUGCGCCAGCAGAGCGACAAGAGGCCUGAUUCUUUGGAUGCUGCAGUAAUUUCGCGAAUUCCAGAUUUAGUUCAAUUAAGCAGAGAGGGCACAUUUUUUCUAGUUCUUGAGCAUUUUUGUCAAGAAUACCAACAAAUCUUAGUGGAGCUUAGAUCCCAUCCGAGAAGUCUCUUCCUCUACCUUAAGACGGUUAUUGAAGUUCAUUCGAUGGGCGCCUUGAACUUCACUUCUCUAAAAAAGGGAGAACCUCUGUGUUUUCCUGGUAGAACGGUAAAGAAUCAGACUGACAGAGUACAUGAUUUCUUAGAAAGAAUUUCUGAGUUCCCAAAGUUAUUGCGUGAGAAUCCAGUUCAUGUAACUGAUGAAAUGACUGAGCUGUAUCUUGAGUUGCUAUGUCAGUAUGAACCUCAUUCUGUCCUCCAUUUCCUUGAGACUUGCGAAAGCUAUAGGGUAGACCACUGUUUACGCUUGUGCCAAGAACAUGGGAUCAUAGAUGCUGCUGCUUUCUUAUUAGAAAGGGUUGGAGAUGUUGGAAGUGCUCUUUCAUUCACUCUUUCUGAUCUCACUGAUAAAUUCAGCAUGCUUGAUGCUGCUGCUCAAAGUGUAUAUGAUGAUGCUGGGGUGGAUCAUUUCAAUGCGGUCAUAAAGAAAAAGGAGGUAAAUGACAUACUAUAUAUUGUGCAUACUUGUGUUGGAUUGUGCCAAAGGAACAGCUCUCGUUUGGAUCUCGACGAAUCCGAGGCCCUCUGGUUUCAGUUGCUUGAUACAUUUUGUGAGCCCUUAACAAAUCCAUGUGCUGAUAAGAUGGAUUCUGAGGAAAAGGACCAGACUGGCACUUGCUCUGAAAGUCAGAGAAAGCAGAAAGGUGGAGAAGCACUCAGAACUAAGUGGAAGAUCAGAGGGUCAGAUAAAAGUGCUCACAUCUUGAGAAAAUUGUUCUCUAUUUUCAUUAAAGAGAUCGUGGAAGGAAUGAUAGGAUAUGUUCGGUUACCAACUGUUAUGAUGAAACUUCUUUCUGAUAAUGGUACCCAAGAGUUCGGUGAUUUUAAGGCUACCAUACUGGGAAUGCUUGGAACAUAUGAUUUUGAAAGAAGAAUUUUGGACACUGCCAGAUCUUUGAUUGAGGAUGAUACAUAUUAUACCAUGAGAUUACUAAAGAAAGGAGCUUCUCAUGGACAUGGCCCUCGGAGCCUUGGUUGUUGUAUCUGUAAUUGUCUCCUGACCAAGGACUCGUCUGCCUCGGGCAUUCGAGUUUACAAUUGCGGGCAUGCAAGCCAUUUGCAUUGCGAAUUACAGGGGAAGGAACCCUCAGGUUGCCCCAUUUGUAUGCCGAAGAAAAAGGGAGCAAGGUCUAGAAAUAACCCGGUCCCUGCUGAAAACGGAUUGGUGAGUAAGCCUUUAUCAAAACACAAGUCAUCACAAGGGACUGGUGCUCACCUACUACAUGAGAACGAUGCACUUGAUCGUCAAAUAUCAAGGUAUGAAAUAUUGACCAACCUUCAUAAAGACAAGAGGAUGGUUCAAGUAGAUAACAUGCCACACUUGAGGCUUGCGCCACCUGCGGUUUAUCAUGAAAAGGUGAAGAAAGGAGUUGCAAUGCCAAUGUUGAGAGGUGAAAGUAGCAGUGGUCCUGCAACGAUUGAGAAAACUAAAAUUAAAGAUCUGAAAACAAAAGCUGUUCGAUUUCCCCUGAAAUCGAACAUAUUUGGCAAGGAAAAGACGAGCAGAAGAUGACAUAUGGAUCUUAUCUGCUAUUUGCCACAACAUAAACCACAGAACCAAAAGGAAAGCGAACAAGUACGCAUGCUGUCCUUUUUACUUGGUGUAUUUUGUAAAUCUCUAGGGGUAUUUUAGUGAUAGGUUCUAUAGGAACUGGACGAUCUUAUUUGGUCAAAUACCUUUUAAUUUAUGUAUGUAUUUACAAUGUAUUAGAGCUUAGAGUUAAUGGAAAAGGCAUAUUUAGCUUCUUUCUUUUCUAGUUGUGUUAGAAUUGAAUUGAAUUGAAAGAGAGCACAAUGAACAACUUUGCAUGUCCAUUUUGUGAUCCAUUCAGA